AUGGGCGCCGCCGCCGCCAUCGUGGUGCCCGGAGAGGAACACUUGCGUCCCGUGGCGGCGGUGCCCCCGCGCCACCUGGCCGACGGCAGCUGCGACUCGUCGUGUUCGCCGCCGCCGCCCGGAGGCCGUCGCGGAGAGUCGCCGUCGCAGCACCCCCUGCCGCUGAUGCACCACCAGACGCCGUCCGAUGGAUCACGACCAACGGAAGGGAGUAGAACUUACGGUGAAAACACGGAGGUUCUUCGGGAAUCAAUCCAGGCUAUUCUGGACACAUUCCGGUUCCCAGUGGAGACGUUACCUCUCAUCUACGUUGUUCUCAAGGACGCCAAGUCCGACGUCAAAGAAGCGUACAACCGCAUUCUGGAAGGCCCGUCGGACGCUAGCUUCUUGGAAGUGUGGACGUUGUUUGUUAUUCUCUGUUCCGGAAAAAUAUGUUUUGGUUUUUAUAAAAACGUUCGGGAUACUAUAACGUCAGUCUUAAUCAGUGGCAAAGGAUGAGAUAGAUUUUACUGAUAGCACCUGAAAUUGAUUCAUGUAGAUUAUUGACAUUGCUUAUUUGUCUCCAAGAGAAAAAGAGGGAAACAAUAAAGCGAAUUAGGAGUCUUGCAAGUGUGCGUACGGUCUCAGUAAGCGCCAGCAGAAAAUAUGUUUGCAGUUAGAGGACCGGCAUGGAUAGAAAACAGCAAGAGAUAUGGCAUCAGUUUUGUUGUGUAGUGAGACCCUCAGGUUGAGUUAGGGUUUAUGUAAUUCGUGUUAUUCACUCAAAGGUAACUUAAAAGGAAGCCGGUUAAUAGAAUGACCAUGUUGUGUCAGAGGUACCAUCAAAUAUCAGAAAAGUUUUAGACUUUGAGUAACUGCAAAUGGUGAGAAUUUUCUGUAGUAAAUAUUUUAACGAAUAUCAAUUUCUUACUCAGGUACCCAGCACUAGGAGAGAGAAAACUACGUUGUUUUCCUUCAGUUAGAAAUCGAAUUAUGGAUUUUUUCGUAAAUAUGCAGUACGUAUACAUAUUUACGUGCUCGAAGGAGGAGCAUAAAUUACAGUAAGACAACGUGAUAAUGACAACUUUUUCCAUCCUCGAGAAUAUCUAUAAAAUAAUAGUAUUUGAUUGAGUUGAUUAAGGAAAUAAUAGUUUGAAAUUACAAAGCAUGAAUUCGCAGUUAUGGAAGGUAGGCAAAAAUAUGGCGCUAGAGCGAGAGAAAAUAUGAAUUUCACAUUUUGAAGCUUAAUAAUACUAUUUCGUCUUUAAAAAAUGUACUUUUCAUCAGUUAAAACAGAGUGAGCAGCACAGAAAAAUUCAUAGAUAGUAAUUACUGAAAAAAUUUCAAAUAUGUAAAUGUGUAUAUUAAAAUAGAUGUAUGCGACUAGCAGAACUCAAGAAAUCGAACAAUAAGAAGACAAGAAGGAAGGAAACAAUAUUACGAAUUUCAAAAGGAGAUUUUUCAUGCCUCAUUUACUUCUAAAUUUUCAUCUGUAUCCCAGAACAUAUAAUUGUUGUUAUAGGCAAAUAGUGACGCGUACAGAAGAGUGUUAAUGAAUAAAUUUUAGUUUAUGUAUGAAAGUUUGGAGGUGACAGCAGGAAAUAAUUUUGAGAAGGUUGUAUUAGCGCAACGCCUCUGCACUGUGAAAAUAAUAUGACGUACAAGAGACAACCAAGGAAGCAAGAAAAUUUUUCAUGGGAGUACUCCACUACAGGAUGUCAGCAUAUAAAGGAACAUGUAAGAAGAGAACAUUGUGUGUGUACAAAUGAUUCAACACCCUUUUGUUAUGAAAUAUGACAAACAGUAUUUACAGAAUAAUGAAAUGUUAUACCUUGUGUUCACGUGUAUGGAAAUAAAAGUGGUGCUGUUAGUGGACUGGAUACAGUGCCUUUGACAAUAACGAGAAAGAAAAAAUUCAACAAUUAGAGUGAGAGAUACAGAUUUCUUAAAAUUGGCUAAAAAUAAGCGCUAAAGGCUAAUGAGCUGAAAGUCUUAUAAAGAGAACGUUAUUAGGUUUACAAAGCUGAUUUAAUAAACUGUUUUAUAUUAUUUCCUAGUGUUCUUACGUAACUAUACACAAAUAUUUGUAUUGUUUAUACAAGGAGAUUCAUGGUGGGUGCCAGUUACAGUCUUUUUAUACUGCCGAAGAGUGAAGAGAAAAGUCUUUUUAUACUGCCGAAGAGUGAAGAAAAAUUUCGACGAUUUAGUUUGAAAAUUAUUGCUUUAGGUCAUGAAGAAUUAGAUGACUCUUUCUUGAUAGCAAACGUCGACCAAAUGACAGUGGCUUUAAGCAAGUGAAUGAAGAAAAAUUAUACCUUUUCAGUGAGAGGUACUUUCGACAGAUUUCUUAAAACAGCCAGAAAAUAAGAGUUAAAGACUAAUAAUGAGCUCCACUGGGAACCGGAAUGUGUCCAGAAUAGCCUGGAUUGAUUCCCGAAGAACCUCCGUGUUUUCACCUGGAAAAUAAGACGCAGUAUGAGACCAUAUGCCACACUGAAAACAGAAAAGGAUGAGAUGGAUUUUACUGAUAGCACCUGUAAUUGAUUCAUGUAGAUUAUUGACAUUGCUUAUUUGUUUUCAAGUUAAUAGAAGCGAUUUAGGAACUGUUUUAAAAGCAGUGUUUGCUAUUUUUUCAUUUAUUUCUCUGAAGCUACACUCAUGGAAAGUAUGUAUAAGAGGAGAGCUACGGUACAUGGAAGGUGUGGAGUUAUGGACUAGAAAAGACGUAAGUGUUGUUGGACUGUGGGGGAAAAAAUGCGACGAUGUCAAUGACAGUUAUGCUUGAGAUGUUUUGGAAGAAGAAUAAAAAAAUUGCUAAUUUUACAAGAUAUUAAAAAAUGUAAAGGUAUUUUUGACAGUGGAAAUACAGAAAAUAUUGAAUGUCGAGUGGGAAAAAAGUCUUAUACAGGGUGAGUCAAAAAGGACAUUACAACUUUGGAAUGAUAAAAAGAUUUAUUGAGAUAGGUUAAAGAAUCGGUAAUAUGUAAUUCUGAAGCAAACAACCUCACGUUUGAUUCACAUAAUCCAUCAGUCCCCCAGUCCACCACCAGGAGCGCCAGUGUGGUACACACUUAAAACUGAUACUUUCACUGGUGCAGAGCGUACUCGCUGUGUAUUUUCGUUUCAUGAAAAGUAUUCUGCAACAACUGUUCGGCUUAAUUUCGCACUGAAUACGCUAGAGAACCUUCAAGCUACAUUUUACUCUUGGCACAAGAACUUUGUUGUGUUUGCUGACCUUAGCAAAUUGAAAGUGUACAGCCAUUUCUUCUCCAUCGAGAAAACUGUCACUGGUACUGUGUACCUGGCUAUGCUUGAAAACUUCUUAAUUCCACAUAUCGAUGACGAUGACCGUGACGGAAUGCUUUACUACCAGCAAGGCGGUGCACCGUGUCAUUUCUUCACGGAAGUAGUUCAAGGUUUCGUAGAUAAACGCUUCACAGAUCGGUGGAAUGGUCCUGAAGGGCCAGUCGCAUGGUCACCUCGCUCCCCAGACUUCACAUAUCUGGAUUUCUUUCUCUGAGGUUUCAUUAAUGAUCGUGUGUAUGUUUCUCCCCUACCAAACAAUGCAGACGACCUGAAAGAUCAUAUCUACGCUGCCGUUGCACAAGUUAAGCCCUACUUAGUGCAACGAAUGGGGGAAGAAACUGGUUACCGUUGGGAUCUUUGCCGCAUCAGAAAUGGUAGAGACAUCCAACCAGAAUGACACUUGACAGUAUUAUGUAAAACUAGAGGUUGUUUGUUAAAAAAUGACACUUCUAGCGAUUGCGUAAUUUACCGCAAUAAAUUUCUACACUGGUAAGUCAGAAAAUUAUGCCUACCGCCCACAGCGAAAUUGGUUGCCGGCGGGUGGCGUUGCGGCCACGUGACGUGGUAGAAAAAAUUUGUAAGCGGAACAGACCGGACGGGGGAUCACCCUAGCGAAGAUAUGAGCUGAAACUGGGGAAAUCCAUUGCGAUAAACGACCUUGACAAAGGACAGAGCCUGUGAAAGAGUAUCUCAAAACGGUCGAAUGCUCACGUGCUACUGUCGUGAGUAUCUACGAAAACAGGUAGAAGGACAAUGUACCGCUAGGCGCUAAGUGGUUGGACGUCAACGACUCUUCAUUGAACGUGGUGUUCGGAGAUUUGUCUGCUCUGUAAAGUAGGACAGAUGGUGAUCUGUGGCAUCUCUGCCGGAAGAGCACAAUGCUGGUGAACACACAAGUGUUUCGAAACACACCGUUCAUUGUAUAUUGUUGAACACGGAGCUCCGCAGUAGACCACACUGCGUGUUCACAUGUUGACGUAACGACAUCGUCACUUACGACUGCAGUUGGCACGGGACCAUCGGGAUUCGACGUUAGAUCCUUGUAAACGUACCGGCUCUUCGAGUGAAUCAUAUUUUUGCUACGCUACGUCGAUGGUCGUCUCCACAAAUGCCGUCAUCGAGGUGAACGGCGGCCCUAAACCUAUAGCGUGCCAUAGAUGCAGACUGGUGGGAACAGUAUUAUGCUCUGAGAGACAUUGUCCUGCGAUUGCACGGGACCUGCUAUUGUAAUCGAAGACACGCUGACAGCUGCGGAAAACGUGCAUCACUUCAUGCUUGAUGUCCUCCCCGGCGACGAUGUCACCUUUCAGCAGUAUAAUUGUCCAUUCCCGGAGCCAGACUCGUGCUACAAUGAGCCACGCCGGCAAACGGAAUGAACACUGUAGUGAACUCACGUUGAUGUCUCGGCGACGAAAUUCGCCUGAUGUAAGCAAAUCCUGUGGAGCCCAUCUGGGUUGCUAUCGGAAGCAAUCACCGCGUAUGCAAAUUAGCAUCCCGUUAUUUACGCGAAUUACAUGAUCUGUGCGCAGAUAUCUAAUGCCACAAA